AUGUUCAGCGCACUGCGAAGAUGUCCCGCAUCACUUGCGAGGAGCAUUCCCACGACCGCGCUUCCAUCCAGAGUAUUGCGAGCCUCUCUCCCACUUUCUACCGGCCCAGUACGGAUAGCGACACUCCGGAUACCUGCAAUUAGGACGGCGGCAUUCCACCAAAGCGCGAGAUGGCAAGAGGUUGCGGCCGAAGCAGCCGAGGAGCAGUCGACGCAGAAUGGACCCGUCACACAAUUCGCGGACCUUGCCACACGAGGGCUGGUGCACCCAAACCUUGUCAACAUGCUCACACGGCAGAUGAAGCUGGAGACCAUGACGGACGUGCAGACGCGGACCAUCAACGAGGCGCUGAGCGGGGUCGACGUUAUUGCCCAAGCCAAGACCGGUACCGGUAAAACCCUAGGUUUCCUGAUCCCCGUUGUCCAGAGAAUCCUACAAAACGACCCCACACUCGCCGAACGCUCCCGUGGCUACAAGCGUGCGAAACCGGACGACAUCAGGGCCAUCAUCAUCUCACCUACGCGAGAGUUGGCCGAGCAGAUCGCUGUCGAGGCCAAGAAGCUCGUAUCUGGUACCAGCUUGAUCGUCCAGACCGCUGUGGGUGGAACACAGAAGAAGGCUAUGCUCAUGAAGACCCAGCGUGAAGGGUGCCACAUCAUGGUCGGUACACCGGGUCGUCUGAACGACAUUCUAUCGGACCCAUACUCUGGCGUCAAGGCACCCAAGCUAAAUGCGCUUGUCAUGGACGAAGCGGAUCGUCUUCUCGACCAGGGUUUCACGGCCGAGAUUGAUCAAAUCAAAACACACCUACCAAACCCUGAGGAAGUUGAACGACAGAACCUCAUGUUCUCCGCGACCCUGUCCCGUGAAGUCGUAGACUUGGUCAGGAGCACAAUGAGGCCCGGUUUCCAUUUCGCCAAGUGCGUCGACGAGAAUGAAACGCCCACCCAUGAGAAAGUCCAGCAGAAGCUGGUUCGACUCCAAGGCUUCGAAAACAUUACGCCUGCUCUUUAUGAACUUGUUCAGCGAGAGUUUCAAAGGGGACAGUCUGGCGAUGCUCGUCCGUUCAAAGCGAUUGUUUAUUUCAAUUCUACAGCUGAAGUAACGCUCGCUGCCUCCGUCUUCUACAAGCUCUCGGGUGGUUUCAAGCGUGAUAAGCCGCUCCACGGCAUGCGCGCUUACGAGAUCCACUCUAAGCUUUCUCAGGGCGCGCGUACACGCGCCGCCGACGACUUCCGCUUCUGCAAGUCCGGUGUUCUCCUCUCCUCGGAUGUCACCGCCCGUGGCAUGGAUUUUCCCAACGUGACCCACGUCAUCCAGAUCGGUCUGCCUCGCGACCGCGAGUCAUACAUCCACCGUAUCGGACGUACUGCUCGUGCCGGCAAGGAAGGUGAAGGAUGGCUCUUCGUCACUCCAUUCGAGCAAAACGAGUACCGCAAGCGUCUCCGUGGCCUCAACCUCGAACCUGACAACUCUCUCGAAACCGCCCAAGCCGACAUGACUGUGCAGUCAGAGAUGCCUGGAAAGGUGGCGGAUCUGAUCCAGGAAACCGUCGAAGCACAUGCAAAGGUGUACCCCGAUCAAUUAGCUGAUGCUUUCCGAGGUCUCUUCGGUAGCUUCCAGUGGUACGGCGACAAGCAAGGUCUUCUCGAAGGCGCGAACAGGCUUGCUGAGUUUGGCUGGGGCAUGGAGAGGCCGCCACCACCACCUUCUUCGCUCUUCAGCGGAGGACGCAGGAGGCAAGGUGGAGGUGGAGGCAGCUUCGGAGGAGGCGGCGGCGGCUUCCGUGACGGUGGUCGACGAGACGGCGGAUUCGGCGGUCGUGGCGGCGGCUUCGGCGGCAGGUCAGGUGGUCGUGAUGGCGGCUUCGGCGGUCGCGAUGGCGGCUUCGGUGGUCGUGACGGCGGACGUGACGGCGGCUUCGGUGGCAGGCCAGACCGCCGCGAAGGUGGUGGUGGCUUCGGCGGCAGAUCAGGCGGUCGCGACAGCUUCGGCGGUGGACGAGGAGGAAACAGAGGCUCGGACCGUCCCAGGAGGGAGUCCAACUUCUCCUACUAG